AUGGCGGUCAAUAUCAGCAAGAGGAUUAUCCGAUUGGGUCUUUUAUCUUCUUUUAUUCUCUUGUCAGUGGUGUUUCUAUCAACACAUUCGAAGGUUAAUGAGUUUAUUUUUGGAUCAAGUGUUGCUUCUGAUGCCGUGGCGAAGGGAAUUACAGAAGGUGGGGAGAAGCCUAGUAUAGUUGAUAAAAAUGCGUCGAAGGAUUUGGGUGAUUAUGCAGAACAUUUUGCUGGGGAUAUGGAAUCGACUGGGGAUUCUGAGGGGAAGCCAAAGGCGUGCUUCGUGAGCUUGGUUAGAAACGAAGCAUUGUGGGACAUUGUUCCUUCGAUACAGCAAGUUGAGGAUCGUUUUAAUAGGAACUAUAAAUAUCCGUGGGUCUUCUUGAAUGAUGUUCCCUUUACCGAUGAAUUUAAGCAUGUGGUAUCCAACAUAGUUAGUGGUAGCGUGGAAUUUGGUAUUAUUCCAAAGGAACACUGGUCAUAUCCUAAUUGGAUUGACCAAGAAAAGGCAGCAAAAGCAAGACAAGAGAUGGCAGAAAACAAUAUUAUAUAUGGUGGUUCUGAGCCAUACAGGCAUAUGUGUCGUUUCGAAUCGGGGUUCUUCUGGAGACAUCCACUGUUAAAGAAAUUCAACUGGUACUGGCGUGUGGAACCAAGUACUCAACUAUAUUGUGAUAUCAAAUAUGAUGUAUUCAAGUGGAUGCAGGAGCAUAAAAAGGUCUAUGGGUUUACCAUUUCCAUUAGGGAGUACGAGGCAACUAUCAAGACAUUGUGGGAAACAACAAAGCAAUUCAUGAAGGAAUACCCGAAUUAUAUUGAAAAAGAUAAUAUGAUGGCCUUUAUUUCCGAUGAUAAUGGUAAAACUUACAAUUUAUGCCAUUUCUGGUCAAAUUUCGAGAUAGCAUCAUUGGAUUUCUGGAGGAGUGAUAGGUAUAAAACAUAUUUUGAAUACUUAGACAAAGCAGGCGGAUUUUUCUAUGAACGUUGGGGUGAUGCUCCUGUGCAUUCAAUAGCUGCCGCUCUAAUGCUUCGUAAAGAUCAAAUACAUUAUUUUGCUGAUAUUGGCUACCAUCAUCCACCUUAUAGUAACUGUCCUGCAGACAACAAAUUAUGGUCUGAAGGCCGUUGUUCAUGCAAUCAAAAAAAUGAUUUUACCUUUGAAGGUUACUCUUGCGGAACAAAGUUCUACGAGGUUAAUGGGAUGAAGCGUCCUACAUAG